AUGGGCUGGUAUCGCCGGAAUUGCCAUCGCCUGAUCCAUUUCAAUUCUGUGCAAGCACAUUGGCCAUCGUCCAAAAACUGCCACAUCGCCGUCGCCGUGCCUGUCCUGCUCUAUCCUGUCCACAGUCGGUCGCAGCAUCAUUUUGUCGAGCGGCAAGGCCUCUACAAGUCCUCUGGUCUAUGCUACAUGAGACUGUCCUGGAGACGUCUUGUGCAUCGCCCGAGGAUACCAUGUCGACUACCAGCAUCUCAUAACUCGGCGGUGGCCAGUGUCCGGUACUUGUUUACCGCACAGUCUGAACAGACGCGGGCCUUGGUCCGUCGACGGCAAUGGGCCCCCUGCCCAGGAUCAACAUAUACCACCUAUUCUCUCCGACGAGGAUACUCCAAUGAUGUUCUUCAGAACGAAUCCACAAAUAGCCACAUUCCGGCUGAUACGGACACGGAAUGGGAGCAGAUUCUGGAAGACGCGUCCAUCCAUGGAAUUCGGAGCAAAGGACAGUUGUUGUUCGAGGCAGAUGUGGGCCAUGCUUCUGGAAUAGGAUCCCGACUUGUCGACACAUCUCCGGCUCGCCAAAACCUUGACCUGUGGCGUACUUUGCUGAGGGCUCAAGCUCUCCAGAAUGGCCAUGACGGCAUCAAGGCGAUAUGGCGAGGGCUUCAGUAUCGCGGCAAGGCAAUUCGCUUUGAUGAUACAAAUCCUCAAGUCAACCCGCUUUGGCAAAUUUUCCUUUCCGCUGGUGCCGCCGACCAUCAUUUUCUGUGGUCGCUCUGCAAGGUGGCUAAACGCGCCAAGUUCAAGCGCCCUGCGCUCUUCGCCGAGAUUGUAGGAGCGGCCUUGGAGGGUGAUGCGCCUCAAAGAGCGGUCGACUUUGCAGCCUUUCUCUUACCAUCCCACUACCGAGGUCGUGACGAUCUAGUGGCCAUAUUUGAGUCUGCAUGCCAUUCGGAGUCGGCCGAUGCCCUCAAAGAUUUUUGCAGGGUCUACGAGAUGGUGCCAAAGACUCAAAUCUACAGCGACGUCGCAACUAGCCUUUGGGAGCAAGAUCGGUCUGCCGACGCAUUCAUGAUGCACUCUUUUCUGGCAUCCAAAGGGGACCUACCCCCAAGGUUUGAGGUGUUGGAGCCGUUUCUCACUCACUUGGUGAUGCACCAUGGCAAGCUCAGCAGUUUCCUGUUGCCUUUAAACUCGGCGGGGGCGUCUUUCGAAGCGCAAGCUCGUCGUUUCUGGGCACGCGAGAGAAGCAGGAUCACCGGUCUGUCUCCAGAGUCCUUGAAUAUUGUUGCAAGCAAGACACUCGGGGUCAACCCGAAAAAGUUCAGUGACCAAUUUGUGGCACGAGCAUUUGCGACAAGGGCAUUCUCAUUCGAAUUUACGGUCAACAGCCUGAGAAUGAUAGGCUUGAUCGAGGUAGGGCCGCAGGCCGUCCGCCAAGCGGCCUUGACCGCGCCAGAUUUAGCUACCCUACAAGCCCGAUUCACCAAGUUUGAUGAUCUCGGGGUCGACACCGGAGCUUCUGCGUUCGUCCGAAUUAUGAGAAAGGUCUGCAAUGCUGGACGAUGGGAGAUGGUUCAAGCUCUGAUAAACAAUGAUUUGCACCAUGAAGUGUUUGAGAAUUUAGACUUACAGGAAAGACUGCUGGCUGAAUACUAUCGGAGGAAGGAUUGGCUGCAACUAAACCGAACACUUGUGAUUCUGAACGACGGGGAAUUCGACGCCAAAGCACAAGCUCAUGCUGGGAAUCUAUUACUACGAAUCAUGCUCGAAGCGGGUGACUGGGCCGAAGCCUUGAACCUGGCGAAGAGUUUGCAACAGCAAGGCUUACAUCUCUCGACGAAUCUCGCCCGCACCGUCGCCCACAUCUUCAGAGAUACCAAGGGAUCUGAACUUGCUCAGGCUGACUGCGUGGAUCGAGUUGCAUAUUUGAUCGGCUUCCUGCAAGACAUACUGGGCUCAGGAACCUACUUUGACAUCAAACUCUGGCGAAGACCGCUCAGGGCAUUGGGCAGACUUGGUCGGAUGAAGGAACUGGAAUGCUUGAUCUACUGGAUUGCCGAGCAAUACAUGCCCAAACGUCUACCCCAACCAGUUCGCUUGAAACGAAUGAUGUCCGUGCCAUCUCCACUGGAAGUCCUGUUUGACGAGAAGUUUCAGAGGUCUCUGGUGUCGUGGUGCUUCGGACCACGCAGAGGUAUGACUGCAGUCUCCCCGGAGCGCUGCUUGCGUUGGACGCGUAUUCUGAAGAGGUUGCGGGAUGUCUACGGUGUCCAGGUCAAAGAAUAUAACCUCCGUUGGACAUUCAUUCGCCGGCUCCGCUGGCUUUUUGCCCCAGGCAUCCGGUUGAAACCACACAACAUGUGGACUCGUGUGCGGAACACCACUCCUGUCAGCCGCUACUGGGAGCUAUAUGAUAUGAUGUGGGACAUGAGACCGGCUGGCCAUCUGAGGUAUGAUCGCCACACCGUCCUUCUGCAGAUGAGGAGGAGGAAAAUACCUCCAGCGGGGGGCCGACAGCCGGUGGGGGCUUUCCAGCCAUCAUCAGGGGCCGCCAUUGAAGGUUCUCAGACAAAAAGGGCCGACAAAGACGUAGACAUUGUCGUGUACCGAGAUCUCUUCCAUGCCUCAUGGGAGGAUUAUAGUAAAUGA